AUGACCACACUAUUGAAUACAGUGUCUCUAACUUCAAAUUUACCCUUAAAGUCAAAAAGAAACAGACGCGGUUUCUUAACUACCCAUGUUCAGAAUCUUAACUAUGGCAGUUUUCCUUUCAAGAAAAAUUGUUCUUCAAGAGUUUUGGCUUCGACCCAUAUGACAAUUCCCUCAAAAGGUUAUGUUGUUAGACUGCCAAAUUGGAGAGAUGGGAAGGAUGACUAUAAGAGCAAGGAUAGUAGAAUCAGUGAUGCAUUUCUUUAUUUCGAGCACAUGGUGGGUAAGGGUAAUAAACCUGAGGUGACUCAAGCAACUCAGCUUUUGUAUGAUCUUUGUAAGUCUGGUAAAGCUAGAAAAGCUGUUAGGGUUAUGGAGAUUAUGGUAACUUCAGGUGUUACACCUGAAGCUUCUUCGUAUACAUAUUUGGUCAAUUAUUUGUGUAGGAGAGGUAAUGUUGGUUAUGCAAUGCAAUUGGUUGAAAAGAUGGAAGCCAAUGGUUAUUUGACUAAUACUAUUACCUAUAAUACUUUGGUUAAAGGGGUUUGUAUGUAUGGGAAAUUGAAUCAGAGUAUGCAUAUUUUAGAUAGGUUGAUAAAGAGGGGUCUUGUCCCAAAUGUAGUUACAUUAUCUAUCUUGCUUGAAGCUACUUAUAAGGAAAGGGGAGUACAUGAAGCCAUGAAGCUGCUAGAUGAGAUAAUUGCCAAGGGCGGUAAGCCUAAUUUGGUUAGCUACAAUGUGUUGUUGACUGGGUUGUGUAAGGAAGGUAGAAUUGAAGAAGCUAUUAAGUUUUUUCAAGAAUUGCCUGCAAAAGGGUUUAAACCUUGUGUUGUGAGUCAUAAUAUUUUGUUAAGAAGUUUGUGCUUUGAAGGGCGAUGGGAGGAAGCGUACGAGCUUUUAGCCAGGAUGAAUAGAGAGGGCCAGACUCCUUCUGGAGCUACUUACAACAUAUUGAUCACUUAUCUUUCUAUUGAUGGAAAAAUUGAACAGGCUUUCCGAGUUUUAGAUGAAAUGGCAAAGAAUGGAUUCAAGGUGACUGCUAAUAGCUAUAAUCCAAUUGUUGCUCGUCUCUCCAAGGAAGGAAAGGUAGAUCUUGUUGUUAAGUGUCUAGACCAAAUGGCUAAUCGGCGUUCUCAUCUUAAUGGAGGAACGUACAAUGCUAUUGCCUUGCUUUGUGAGCAAGGGAAGGUGAAGGAGGCUUUCUCAAUAUUCGAUAACUUGCAUAAAAAACAAAGCUAUUCUAUUGAUGAUUUCUACCAAAAUGUGAUUAAACUCUUGUGUAGGAAAGGGAAUACAUAUGCGGCUUUUCAUAUAUUAUAUGAAAUAACGAUGCAUGGAUUUACACCAGACUGCUAUACUUACUCGUCUUUGAUAAGAGGAUUGUGUAAGGAGGGAAUGCUUGAUGAGGCUCUCCAGAUAUUCGGAAUUUUGGAAGACCAUGACUAUGUGCCUCAGGCUGACAACUAUAAUGCUCUUAUUCUUGGAUUUUGCAAAUCUCAGAGAAUAGAUUUGUCAAUAGAGAUAUUACAGAUGAUGGUCAACAAAGGAUGUAUGCCUAAUGAGAUGACAUAUUGCAUUCUUGUUGAAGGGCUUGCUUUUAAAGAAGAAAUGGAUUUAGCAGCUAAUCUAUUGAAAGUGUUACAUCUGAAAGGGGUUAUGAGUCAAACUACUGUCGCAAGACUUUCUAUGCAAUACGACCUCGUGGAGUUAACAGGGUUAGAGAGAGAGAUAUACAAUCAAAGUAUAUAUAACAAAAGAAUUGCAACUUUUUGGAAGGAGAGAGCUGAUCAUAUCGAGUGA